AUGAGUUCAACUGGCCGUUUACGUAUGAUGCGAUGUGAGCUGGGUUACAUCCGACGAGCGGAUGGCUCCUGUUCCUACUCACAAGGAAGAACUUCUCUUUGGGCCAGCUGUUCCGGGCCAGGCGACAUUCAUAUUGCACGUCGCGAAGAUGAGCAAAUGCACCUCGAUGUGAGUUUCCGCCAACUUACAGGGGACUGUCAGUAUCAUGAGCUAAACAAUAUAAUCCAAUCGACAUUGGAAUCGGUACUGGACUUGAAAAUGUUCCCGAGAACGGGAUUAACGGUGACCGUACACCUGCUUCAAGACGAUGGAAGUAUCGGUGGAGCUGCGCUCACUGCUGCUGGAUUGGCUGUACUGGAUAAUGGAAUAUCGAUCAGAGCUCCCUUCUGCGGUGUAGAAGUAUGCCAAGUGGACGGAAAGUUGGUAUUGGAUGCAGAUGCGAGAACACAAGCGAGAGCAGAAGCCAAAUGGCUAUUCGCUUUUACAAGGACGGCUGACGUAAGUGAUUUUUGA